AUGGCUAGUAAUGAUGAUUCGAAUCGCACCCUUCAAAAUAUUCUAUCACUUGUUCGUCAGUUAAAACAUUAUGCUCGUUCUCUGGGGUUCAACGGUGAUGCGAUUAUACUUCCAGUUGUUUAUUCUAGCAAAGAACUAGGCGCAACGUUUCAAGGAGGAGAUAGGAUGAUGAGAAUCGAAGCAAUAAAAAAGCUACUGAUGGAUACGCUUUCAUCUUUAAUUAUGCCUGCAGGCAAGACAGGAUUGUAUAAAAGUUUGUUCAUAGAAAUUGCGAAUCUUUGUGAUCGCUUAUUGAGGCUGCAGAGAAGAGGAUCAGAAGACCUUCCAUUGUCCGGAUUAGAUGGUACAAUAACUAGUCUUUAUACAAUAAUCAGAAUUCAAGGUCUUGACGGUUUGGAGUGCCUUAUGACACGAGGAACACCAUCUAGUUUUGUACAACCGCGCGAAGAAAAAGAGAAUGCGGCUUCAAGAGAUCAAACGAAACCUGUAAAACACUCUUCUGACAAUGACAAGGUGAAAAUAAAAUCAGAAGGAGAUGAAAACAGAAAGUGUCCGAUUUGCCUAGAGAUUAUUAAGGAUGAAAAAGAUGAGAAAGGUACUGCUAGUCUGCCUAAUUGUUCUCAUCGGUUUCACUUCCAUUGCAUAUUAAAGUGGAUGGAAAAGAAACAAAACUGUCCAAUUUGUAGGAGCGUGAUUAAUCCUGAGAAAUAA